CAUUUCCUUUUCCAUUUGAAAGAUCACAAUUUCAACCCUCCAAAUCAAAACCCCCGAAAAACCCUAGACUAGAAGAAACAGUAGUCCUACCCGAAGUAUAGAUUUUGAAGAAACAGAAAGCAAGAGAAAGAGAAGAAAAUGGCAUUAGGGUUAAGAGAGAUUAGCGGAGAGCCAGUAAUUGACAGUGAGAAUGGUGAAGAAUUGAUGCGCGUCCAACCUGGUGUCGACAUAGCUCUCUCCAAUCUUCCUCGCGAGUCCCCUGGCACUCUUUAUAUCACUACCAAGCAAGUGAUAUGGGUUAGUGAUGUGGACAAAUCUAAAGGAUACGCCGUUGAUUUCUUAUCUAUUUCUCUCCAUGCCGUUUCCAGAGACCCCGAGGCUUACCCCACUCCUUGUCUCUAUACUCAGAUUGAAACAGAGGCAGAUGACGAAAUCAAUUCGGACAACUCGGAUUCAGAAUCUAAUUAUGUUCAUGAUUUAUCCAAUAUCAGAGAGAUGAGGCUCAUUCCAUCUGAUCCAAUGCAGUUGGAUACUCUGUUUCAAGUAUUCUGUGAGUGCGCAGAGCUUAAUCCAGAUCCAAAUGCUGAGGAGCAAGAAGAAGAACAUGAUUGGAUUUUCAGCGCUGAUCAAAUGGAAGAUGAAGAAGCAGAGGAAGAAGAUUAUAUGUCUCAUAAUCCAACCAACACUCUUGGUCAUUCAAAUGGACAUCAUGACCUUGCUCGUACCAUACUUGAGCUUCAAAUCAAUGAUCAACGAUUCGAGGAUGCAGAAGAGAUUGAGCAUGAUGAAAAGGACACCCAUCAUUGAGUGCCUGCAUUUAUCAUAGAAUACCAUAUCCUAGUGUUGUCCAAAAUUCAUAUAAGCUCUCUGUUCUGUAAUUUUUUUGGUUUUGUACAUGUAAACUAUUUUGAACAUCUGACUAGAUUCAUAGUUUUACUUACGUAGAAGAAAGCAACUAAAUCUUUUGAAUUUCUAGUUCUCGUACGAUGAUGGUAUGGAUGGCCAAUGUGAAAGAUACUACCAAGGAGAUAUCUUUAGACUUUUUAUAUGCAAGAUGAAAUUGGCAUGUUUAAGCAAGUUGAGUUAUCAAUUGCUGUAUGCUUCACAUUCCUGAAAGUCGUGGCAAGAAUUAGAAAAGUAUAAAUUGAUUCUUGCACUUUGCAAA